GAUAAUUGACGUCUUGUUUAUCAUUUUCAAAUUAUAGGUUAAGUACUACCACCAUUUAAAAGUGUGGUAGAAAAAUGUUUUCUAUAGAUGAAAUUUUGGUCAGAAACACUAUUAUUUUAUUGUUAUGGCUAGAAUAUCUUUUUGAAACCUACCUUUCAUUAAGACAGUUUAAUACCGCUACGAAAGCUAAAGAUGUUCCAUCCGAAAUAAAAGAUCUUAUGUCUAACGAUGACUAUUCAAAAGCUAGAGAAUAUUCCCUGGCGAAAUUAAGGUUUGGAUUUGUAAAAGAUUUUUAUUCUAUCAUUGUUACCACUGUAGUUAUCCAUCAAGGAUUGUUGGGUAUUGUCUGGGAUUACUCAGAGAGUAUAAACCCUUUUACCGAUGAAGUCUCAACAAGUUGCUUAUGGCUCACAAUACUAUCGUUCUUAUCAACGAUAAUAGAUAUGCCUUUUACAAUUUAUUUUACUUUUAUAUUAGAAGAGAAAUUUGGUUUCAAUAAGCAAACAGCUGUGUUCUUUGUUUGGGACAAGAUAAAAGCCUUCCUUGUUGGUCAAUUACUUACUUCUAUGAUUUCUUCCAUUGUUAUUGUUGUAAUUAAAAAUGGAGGUGACUACUUCUUUAUAUGGUUAUGGGCAAUAGCAUGUAUAAUAAGUCUGAUAUUAUUGACUAUUUACCCGGCUGUAAUAGCACCUCUAUUUGAUAAAUACACUCCUUUACCUGAAGGUGAACUUAGAACAAAAAUCGAAGCUCUAGCAUCAAGUUUAAAAUUCCCGUUAACAGAACUGUAUGUGGUUGAAGGAUCGAAAAGGUCUUCUCAUAGCAAUGCUUAUUUCUAUGGCUUGUUUAAAUCAAAGAGAAUUGUUUUAUUUGAUACAUUAUUAGCCAAAGAUGACGGCACAGGUUGUCAAGAUGAUGAAAUUCUGGCAGUAUUGUCUCAUGAACUUGGACAUUGGAGUCGUAAUCAUACAAUUAAAAAUCUUGUUAUCAUGGAGGUAAAUUUGUUCCUACUCUUCUUAGUAUUCUCUUUCAUGUUCAAGUAUAAGUUACUCUACCAAGCCCUUGGUUUCACACACAUCCAACCUGUGUUGGUCGGUUUGUUUGUGGUAUUACAGUAUGUAAUGAUGCCUUACAACACUCUGCUAUCUUUUGCAAUGACUGUGUUAUCAAGAAAAUUUGAGUUUGAAGCUGAUGAUUUUGCUGUUCAAUUGGAUAAGGGAAGAUAUUUAGAACUAGCUUUACAGAAGCUAAACAAAGAUAAUUUAGGCUUCCCCGUGCAUGAUUGGCUGUAUUCUGCUUGGCAUCAUUCCCAUCCACCCUUAUUACAAAGACUGAAUGUUAUUAAGAAAGGGGUGAAACUAUUUGAAGAAAAGAAAAAAUAACCAUUGAAAUAAUUACUAGUAUUAUUAUAGUAUAAAAUUUAUAAUUAAUGUUAAUUUGACUUUAUUUUUAUGUUGUUUUUGUAGUUCAAAUGUACCAAACCCUUAAUUAAGUUUUGUAUUGACAUAAAAACAAAUAAUUAAAUAUGAAUGUGAAUAAAACUUA